AUGCAGUUUUGCAAGGUCUCUGCUGGCUUUGCAAGCCUUUUCCUUUGCUUGCAUGCCUCGAAAUGCCUAGUCGGGCAGCUCUGUGAGACUUCCGAAGAUGUUGGGCAGGAUGGGCCAUCUUUGCUCCAGACGCCUCCGGAAAAUGGCCGCCGUGGUCGUGCCAAGGAGUUCGUGGCCCUUCCUUUGGCCAACCCAUGCGUUCUGAAUAACACCGACAUUGAGUGUCCGUAUCGCUUCAACGACCAGCCACUGCGGUGGGUGAAGUUGACCUAUCCGAGAAGGCCAUUCAGCUCCAUCGAUGACGUCGCCUGGGAAGAAGCCGCCGGUUCGCCUGCCUUGGGCAAGUUGGACACAAUGACUCUGGGGGUGCAUAACUUUGCCUUGGCUGCCAAGCUUCAUCCGACCUUCCGGAGGGAGAGGAAACUCUACGGCUUGGUCACCACGUACAAGGCUGGCCACCCGAAGCAUAUGACUGGAGGUUGCUGUGCUGACUACCUGCGAGUAUGGGAUUCGAGCUUUGGCGAUGCCAAGUACGAGGACAUCAAUAUCCUGGCUGCCGCAGAGAGAGCCCUCAGCAAGAAGCCACUGGUCUUUGUGGCGCCCACGCACACCUUCUUCCUAGAAGAGUUUGACGGAGUUCUACAUGCAAUCAUCUGUGUUCAAUACAAGGAGAAGCAGACUGACAACAACUUCGGAGGCGUGUUUCUGGAUGCAUUCAUUGUGCUUAAUCUGGAGGAUGGUAGGACUUUAAGGAAGACGGCCGACGGAGAAGAUUACUUUUCCAUCUACGAUAGCCUGGGGACUUUUUCAACGGAGAGCAGCGAGACGAUCUACAAAAUCCCCUUCAAGAACGUGAGCAACAAAACACGUAACCCAGAAUGUCCGGCCUUCACCCAACAGUGGCACCUCAACGGUGUCACCCGGUUCAUCGCCGGAGACACCGCGGUCCUCGCCUUCACCACCUACUUCCUGAAUGCCGCUGUCCUGCUGAAGGACCCGUUCACCCACAAGAGCGCAGAUGGGGGCGGCGAGAUCCUGCAGCAGUUCGGCAUGCCAGGCUAUGGGGAGUCUUCGCGCACGGUGCCUUGCGAAGCGGCUCCGAUGACGCCCCCGCACAAGUUCGGCAUGGCUCAAGAUGUGACGGGUUGGGACGGCGUCCACAAUGUCUACCCCUACCAGAAGGACCAUCGUCUCGAGCAGUUUAAACUUAUUCGGUCUAGUACAGUACUGCGGUGUACCGUCGUUCGCAUAUCGUAUGCCAUCCGCCAGUCACGGGCACACCAAAAGCAAGUCCGGUGA